AUUUAGAAAUAAUUAUAAGAAAAAAUAAUAUCAAAAUGGAACUAGAAUUAUUGGGGAACUCCGAAAAGUCUACAAGUUCUAAGCUAUCCACAGUUGGAAAGACGCUAAUAUACACAACAGGGGGAUUAGCAAUAGGAGUUAGUAUUAUUUGUGUGCCAUUUGUUUCACCAGCGUUUCGGAAAGUUUGUCUGCCUUAUGUACCAGCAACGAAAUUGCAGUUGCUAGGCGUUGCCAGAGCGUUGAAGGGGCGGAAAGGAAAUCUUUUAGACAUUGGUUCUGGCGAUGGACGAAUCGUGUUCACAGCUGCUAAACUCGGAUUCAAAGCUGACGGUGUAGAGCUAAACACUGUGCUUGUGCUUUAUUCAAGAAUAUGUGCUUUACUGAAUCGACAGUACAAAGAAACUAGAUUUUUCAGAAAAAAUCUCUGGACAUUUGAUCUGGCUCCAUACAACAACAUAGUUAUAUUUGGCGUCGAGCAAAUGAUGAAUGAUUUAGAAAGAAAAAUAGUGAAAGAGACUGAAAAUGACACAGUGAUUGUAGCCUGUCGAUUCCCUUUACCAAAUAUGGUACCAGUGCAGACUAUAGGCCAUGGUGUUGAUACAGUGUGGAAGUAUGUUGUAAAAAAAUAAAUUAAGUAUAUUUAAAUAUAGAUGUUUAAUACCAAAGUAA